CCUCUUCCUCCUACUCUACACUACCUAAGUAAACUAAGUAAAGUUGGUAGCGUCUCUCUAUCUGGGUACCUGCAGUACUACUCUACUCUACCCCUCUCUUUUUCUAUUUUUUCAUUUUUUUCCCUUCUCUUUUGCUUUCCUUACCUUAUUUCCCUUGCCCGUCACUCCUUUCGAAAACCCCACCCCCCGAACCUUUCCCGACGCGAGUAAUCCCCCUAAAUCUCUGUUCCGUAUCGGUACUACCUCAGGUACCUCGCAGUACCUACUCCGACUCACAUACCCAUAAGGUACCUUACCUUCCUACACAUACCUGCCUGCCUACACAGACAUACUUUCCUUUCCUUUCCCACCACACACAAACUUCCGCCGGUUCCCAGACCCGGAAAAAACAACAAUUCAGCCUCCAACAUCACCAGAAAACAUUGUCGUCAACAUCAUCACCACGACCACCACCACCUCCUCCUUCCCCCCGACUGCCCGCCGCACCCGACGACGCAUGAGGCCUCACGGAAAUCCCCGGAGAAUCCGUCGCUUUGCGCUCCCUUUCGCGUCGAGUGCCUAGUUUUCCACCCCCCAAUCCCCCCCCCUCCCGGUCGCCUCUUGAGACGGGAUCCCGAUCCGAUCCCUUCGGCCCUCCUCCAGCAUCCAGACCAGUCCAAGUCGUGCUGCUGGCGCCCCCCGACCUGCCUUAACCAGGCUCCCGGGUCGGCGGACAGCAGAAAUCGCUGCAGCGCAUGCCUCGUGCUUCAACUUCCUCCAAGCGACAGCAAGGCGCCGCCAACCAACGCGAUACCAGGCACGAAAAUGGCCUUGUAGGCCCCGCGAAGCGACUCUCCAACAAAAAGAGCCAGCCCUCUCUCGACGCCUCGGCCGCCCGCAACUCCCCUGACCAGAAUGCCGCUGCCUCGGUCCUCCCCUCGUCUCUCUCCAUCGGCAACGGUAACGCCCCCUCGUCCUAUUCCAACGGCAACCGCCAGAAGACCCCGACUCGCGCCGCCGCCGCCACCGCCGCCGCUCCUGCUCCCGCUCCCGCCCGUGACUACGACGACGACGACGACGACGACACCAUGGCCCCCGUCCACCGUAACCCCGACGCCAACGCCAACGCUGCUGCCAGGCGGCCUUCGCUAGGCGGCUGCUCCGAGACGUCGUCCUCUGACUCGCUCUCCUCGAACCUGCCCAACGCUGCCCUCGACGCGAGCCACCGCCAGAUCGAUGUCAACGCCACUAAGAACGCCGAUGUCCAUCGCGACCCCGGCGGCCCUGUCGAGUUCGCCGCCACCGUCCUGAGAGCAUUGCCCCUCUACGACACUCUCGCCAUCCUCAUCCUGCUCAUGCAGGUGCCUCCUGUCGCCCUCUCCGGCAUCUACAUGGUCUUUACCUUUCUUACCUUCGUGCCCCCCGUCACCACCAGCUCCGGGAUGAACAUCAACCUGGCCGAGAUCUUUGACUACAACUCCACCAUGCCCUCCCUCGUCACCGUCCUCUGCAUGGACGUCUUUAUCCUGCUGGUCUGGCUGUUCCUGUGGCCCACCAUGCAGCUUGCCAUCCUCGACUUUGCAAAGCCCGUCAUCGCCGCCACCCUCGGCGGCGGAUCCAAUACGAGGGAGGGCGCCUCGAGAAGCGUGACUACCUGCUUCUUCCUCGUCAUAGGCUCGCAUCUACUGCGCGGCUCUAGGUUCCACUGGUCACGCGCCGCGAAGUUCCUCCCUCCCAACUGGCGAUUCUCUCCCGACUCGGACGACCCCUUAGAAUCCCUGAGCCGCGGCUUCGACAAGAGAGGCCCGCAUGGCUGGAUCAAGAGCGUGCUUGCCAUACAUAUCCUGACCCAGGGCAUAGUGCGGUAUAUCAGGGAGUGGUAUUUGAGGAGAGAGAAAGGGAGCUCGUCGGCGCACAGCAUAACGGACCCGGAAGCAGGCAAGCCCUACGCCAACGAUGCGGCAGCCGACACGGGGUUUGCCACGCCCGACAGCGACACGACCUUUCAACAAAACGCAACAGUAUCAUCUACAAAAAAGAAAAGAAAACAGAGCACGCAGGUGCGCCUGCAGCAGCCGCUGUGGGCCGCCCUGGCGAGCACCAAGAUCGUCAUGGUGAAGGAGUACGAGUUAUCCCACGCCACAUCCGAGUCGGCCGGCUCCAACGCCACCGAUAUCCAUAAUCUGGGGAAUGCCCCCUUCGACAGCCAGGCCGAGCAGAUCUGGAUUUCCUACAUCGGCCACGACGAGGUCUGCUUCAAUACCAGUCACUUCCCCGACUGCCCGAGCGCUGCUUCUGCUACCGCCGCUGCCGCCGCCGCCAACGGACACGUCCCGCGGCCGGCGGGAGUCGACACAUCGAAGCCGUUUUACGUCCGAGUGAACAACGCAUUCUGGCAGCCGACGCGCAUCUUCCGCAUCCAAGACGAAGAGCAAGAUGAGCAGCCCGGCCAGCACCGGUGGUGCGGCGACAUUUACGGGCUGCGGCCGUUGUCCAAGUACGUGUGCGAGUUUGUCGACACGCGCACGAACCGAGUCAUCUUUUCCACCAGCAUCCGCACCUCGUUCGCGGCCAACAGGGACCAGGAGGGCUCCAUCAAUCCGCCCGUCAGCACGCCGCAGUCGCUCCGCCCGGACUCGCCGGCGACGACGCUCAAGAGCACCAUCAACGCCAACAACGAGCGCCUGGCCGAGGAGAAAUCGAGGCUCAAGACGCUGCGCAAGGAGUGGAAGAACAAGAUCAGCUCGCUCAAGAAGGAGAACGAACGGCUCGACAACGCGAUCCAGUCAGCCGGCGGUAACGACGACAAACACAGGCAGAAGAUUAUCCAGCAGGAGAAUACCAAGGCCCAGUCAGAAAAGGAGAUUGCCCAGCUCGAAGCGGAUCUCAAGGCGUUUGAAACAGCACCGGAAGGAUUCUACGAGCGCAAGAAACAGACGGAGAAGGAGUGGACCGCCGAGAAGGCCGUCUUCGAUGCGGCGUCCAAGGAGUUCAAGGAACACAAGGCCGCCAUCGCCAAGGCCGUCAAGGCCAAGGAGGACGAGCAGGCGAGCAUGCAGACCAAGCGCAACAAGAUUGCGGCGCGCAUCGCCAAGGUGGACAACGAGCUCGGCCGCAUCACGGACGCCAACAACCGCGGCCUCGACGAAGCCGAACGACGGCGCCAGGCGCGCGCCGCGUGGCAAGCCGAGACGUCUACGAUUGAGAACAACUUCCGCGGCAGCAUCGCUGACAUCAAGACGGCCAACGCUCUUAAGCAGGAGCAGGUUAACGCUCUGCUGCAGCAGCUCCAGGCGUACCACGAGCACAUGAACUACGCCACGGCCGCGUCGAUGCCCUUUGAGGUCCACGAACACCACUCGGCAGCGCCUCAGGGGGCGGUGACAGCGACAUCAAUGUCCAUGUCGAUGUCGACGUACAACCCGGCCGCGCCCGCCUGGACGCCGACUUCAGCCACCGCGGCCCCGCAGUACAUGAUGCCUGGAGCGUCCAUGUGGCCCACGUCGAUGAUGACGGGGUCCGGGUCGGCUCUGCCUCUGCCGACGAACUCGACGCAGUCGGUCUGGGGAUACCCUCCGCCGCACCACAGCAUGGUGUCACUCAAGGCUAGAGGCCGGUCGUCAUCGAUGCUCAGCGACGUAUCGGGAUUCACGCAGUCCAGCAAUGGCGACGACGAGUUCCUGUCACUGCACAACACGCCCGCGCAGCAGCCGAUGGCCCAGCGCACGCCGGUGACGUUUGCCUUUACGCGGCGUCAGCGCAGCGACGGCGCCGGGUCCGGCGGCAGCAGCGUGCACAGCGGCAGCGGCAGCGGCAACGGCAGCAUGCGGGAUCCGCAGAGCCCGGCUUGACGCGGUGGCGGUUGUUGGUCUACGGAAGAAGGGAUGUCUGUUCUGUUUCUUGCUAUUUUUCGGUAGUCGACUUUUUUGGACUGAUGUGCUGGGAAACGAGUUGUUUGCUGAGUCUUCGCUGUACUUGUGGCGGCGUCUGUCCUCCUCUCUUUGUCAUUGUGCCGUUCUCAACCACAUGUGGGGGGGUUAUGGCAAUGGCAAAAAGGUAGACACGGCGGCGGUCCCGGAUCGGAUACCGGUAGCGAUCUUGAUCUCACGAAAAUGGAAAAAAGAAGUUGUGCCUUU